GAGCUAGCCAUACAUCAUGAGCCAGGUAUUUAAGAGACAACUACUGGCCUCUGUCAAGUCCUGUGCCAGAAACAAACCCUUAAAGUUUCUGGACUUGAAAAGUAUCCAGUUAAGAGAGCCCAUCACCCCAACACACCGAAAUUUCGACGUCUCGCCCGAUCAUCCGUUGUGGGCAUUCUUUGGCAAUGGCAGCAACUCCGAACACGCCUACAGAACCUCCGAUGAACUCGACACUACAUCACGUGCGUGGACCAUGCCUGAGUUACGUCGAAAGUCCUUUGACGAUUUGCACAAGUUGUGGUACAUUAUCUUGAAAGAACGUAAUGUGAUUGCAACCGAGAGAAGAUUGGCUAAUGCCAUUGAUAAUGUUGGUACCACGGCGUUGAGCGACUUGGAUGCUAAAAUGGGUCUCAGCCACAAGCGGAUCAAGCAGGUGCUUUUGGAAAGACAAACCGCAUACGAGAGAGCCCAGACCUUAACAUCUGAUAUCAACGAGUACUUGGCCAACUUCGAACAACGGUACAUAAAUGCUGCCGAAGAUGAAAUUGCCCUGGAAAACGACAAGUUGGUGAGAUUGCAGUACGCGGUGUUUGGUAUUCAACCUGCGUUGGAAGAUUACAACUUGGAAUCUGACAUUAACCAGAAGUUUGUGGAAGGUAUUUCAUUUAUUGCCAAAGUCAAGUUGGGUAGGCAUUUGGCACAAAACCCCAAUAGCAGUGUACAAUUUCCAUUGAAUGGAGUGGUGGAAGAGCUCCCCUUCUUGAUUCGUAGUGUGGAUCAGGCAGUUGAAGAAGUUUCAGCUUUGAGAGAAUCAGGCCAAUCGGUGCUUUUGGAUAAAAUCGACGUUUUCCCAUUUGUGCGCAAUGCUUUGGGUAAGGUGCUUGAAGAGUUCAAUCAACAGUCGUCGUAGUAUCCCCUCCUUGUAUAUAAAUAGACAAUAACCAGAUGGUCGUGUAAUUGGACUUUU